GAGCAGUUUCCGCUCUUUUAUACUGAUUUGAUUGACAUUUUUCUGGUUAAAACCAAGGUGGUUUCCUGCAGCCCUCAAAUGUCAGAACUCAGGUCAACAUUAUUUAUGACUUUUUUCGACCAAAACUUUUUUCCUGACAUUGCAAAAAAAUGGAAUGAAAAAAUGAACAAGCCAAAAAAGGACAAGUUGUUGCCCGCUUUGGCGCAAAACCACAGGCCCUGURCUGAUGCACAACUUGUUUUAUAACUGUGAAAAGGGCUAUUGGCUCUACUGUACUUUACUGGUAGGGAUGUCGUAUAAGGGUGAAUUAAAUAGUAUAAGGGUUUAAGCCUUGACCACAACUAUGAAAACUGCCAUAAUCGUAUCCAUCCACAUUACUUUGAAUUCCAAAGUCACUUGAAAGAUGCCAUAUUUUUCAGACGUAAAAUAUCAGACUAGAUGAACGAAUAAUCAAAUUAGAUAGAUAGGGAAAUUAUUACGGCCUAACAUAACAACAGCAUUUUGUCUCUGUCUUUGAUUUGGGAUUCCUGUGUUAUCGUGUUUAGUUACUAGUCCCCUUGUUAUGUUUCAAGACGUGACCGCCAUAUUAUUCCACACGUUGUUUUCUAAAUGUUUGUGUGAAUUCUUGAGAGGAAAUGGUUGAAGAACAGACAGAAGACAUUAAAAAUGACAAAGAGUCUUUUGAAGUAGAGCUUCACAUUGAAACAAAACUACCGAACAAUGACAACCACAGUAAUUUGCGAAUUGAUGAAACUAUUUCAAAUGAAGAAAACAAAGGCAUUCAAGUACAAMAUAAAAGAAAGAAGAACAACACAGAAGAAUCAAAAUUAUUUUCAAGAAGAGAAAGAGACAGAGUAAGACAAAGAUUAGCACGCCAGAAUGAAGAUGAAGAGAAAAGAAAAUUAAGAUUAGAAAAAGACAGAAUUCGCAAAAGACUUUCCAGACAAUUGGAAGAUGAUUAUGAAAGGUUACGGCGACGAGAUAAGGAUCGAGAGCGAAGAGCUCUUAAACGAAAGAUUGAAAAAGAAAAACUGCAAGACAAUAACUUAGUUGGAAAUACUGAUAGUGGCAAUGAAAGAAUUUCGAUGGUCAUGGUCAAUACAAACACAAAUUUAUCUUCAAAAGACUCCCAUACAGAUGUAAUAAAUGCUAAUAGUGAUAAUGAAGAAAGUAUUGUUCAAAAUACUAGAGAAAACAAUACRUCAGAAGGUCUUAGUAACAAAGAAACCUUUAAUGAUAACUUAGAAUCAGAUAGUCAGAAUCAAAUGUCAGUGAAAGAAACAAUAGAAUAGAUUUUACAAAAUUUUUAAUAAUAAUUUAUAAUAAUUUAUCAUUGACAGUAAAAUUAUCAAGUGCCUUGAUAKACUCAUGUUAUUAUGAGCAAAAAAAUCAUAAUUUAUAAUCUUGUGAUCAAACUUGGACAGUUUAAAUCAAUCCCAAUUAACUGCUGUGAAGAAUUAAUAAACCUGGGUGCAAUUUGUARAGA